AUGGCUUCUUUAGUUAUUGCUACCUCUCAAAUUCAAAAGAAUCAAAUUCUUUUGCACAAGAUGUCUUAUACAGAGAGUAAGAUUGAAGUUUUACGUAAUAAUACUAUUCAGAAUAUUGCUUCUUCUGAAUUAGUACCUGGUGAUAUUGUAAAAUUAAAAUCAAAUUCAGUAUUAACAUGUGACUUGAUAUUACUAAAUGGAAGUUGUAUAGUAAAUGAGAGUCUUCUAACAGGUGAAAGUAUACCUAUCACAAAAACGGCAUUGCCUUUAUAUUCUAAUUGCUAUAAAACUGAGCAUUUUGAUAAAGAUAUUCAUUUUAAGCAUAUCCUUUUUUGUGGAACUAAAUUAAUUCAAACACGUUAUUAUGAUUCUGAAUAUUCUAAAGCAAUUGUAAUAAGGACAGGUUAUCAAACUGUUAAAGGAAACAUUAUAAAAUCUAUCAAGUAUUCAUCUCCUAAUGAAUUCCAUUUUGAUCAAGAUUGUUAUAAAUUUAUCGUUUUCUUAUUUUUUGUAGCUUUUGUUGGCUUUGUAUACACUAUAAUUUUAAAAUUAAAAGCAAAUGUUGAACCUAUCAAGAUAAUUCUCAGAGCAUUUGAUAUUAUAACAAUAGUGGUCCCCCCUACCUUACCUGCAGCCAUGGCUGUUGGCAUUAUAUAUGCUAACAAAAGAUUGGAAAAAUUAAGUAUACAUUGUCUUAGCCCUGCUAAAAUUAAUGUUUGUGGUGUUAUUGAUACAAUAUGUUUUGAUAAAACUGGCACACUGACUGAACAAGUGUUAGAUGUUAUGGGAUUCAUUUACAAUACAAACCCCAUUAUAUCAUAUGGUUUUUCAACACAGAAACAUAUAUCAAAAUCUCAAAGUGACUCUUUUAAAUUCAAGCCUUUAAAAGAUUUUGAGAGUGUUAGUUCUAGUAGUUCUGGAAAUUUUAUGGAAGAGUUUGACACAAAAAUAAAGAUUACAGAGUGCAUGGCUGCAUGCCAUUCUUUAACCCUUAUAAAUGAGAAUGGAAAUUGUCAAAUUUCUGGGGAUCCAUUAGAAAUAAAAAUGUUUGAGCAUAGUGGGUGGGAAAUCGUUGAUAAAAAUCAAGAUUCUAUCGAAUCCUUAAACCAUAUAAGUGAGUUGAUCAAAAACGAAGAACCUAUGAACGAAAUUGAUAUGUCCCAACAUUUAAAUGACGUAAUUUACGAUAAUUUAAUACCCAUAAUCGUUAGAGAAAAGAAAUUUUCCAACCAUUUAACCCAACCAGCGAAGAAAGAUAUAGACCAUGUUCAUCCUCCAUUGACAUGUAAAGAAAUGGCAAUUAUCCGCCAAUUGCCGUUUUUAUCUUCGUUACAGAGAAUGAGCGUCGUUAUAAGGAUGCUGGGUUCCCCUACUUUUGAAGUGUACUGUAAAGGUGCUCCCGAAAAAAUUAAGGAAUUAUGCCACAAAUCUUCGAUUCCAAUUGACUUUGAAUCAUAUCUUGAUCAUUACACCUCAAGGGGUUAUAGGGUUUUGUCACUUGCCUGGAAACCUUUACCAACGUUUAUGAAAUGGCCUAAAAUUCAAAAAUUGAAUAGGAACGAGCUGGAAAAAGAUUUACAUUUCUUGGGCUUUAUGAUCUUUGAAAAUAAACUCAAGCCAAAUAGUCGGGCCGUAAUUGACAUACUUAAACAAGCUAAAAUCGACGUUUUUAUGGUGACCGGUGAUAACUUAUUAACCGCCAUUUACACUGCCAAACAAUGCUCAUUAAUCGAUUACACCGCACACGAAAAUGUUGUAGUCUUGAAUCGUGAUAAUUUACUAGACUAUUUUUCAUCAGAUUUUUACGAAGAAAAUCGGGGCAACAAGAAGGAUUACUGUAAAAAAAAUAUUAAAUCAGCCAACUGGAAUUUAUUUCGAUUUAUCAACAAAGCUCGCCGUAUUAAGUCCUCAUUAAAAUUAUCUAAGCAGCCACUACCUCACGCGUCUUACACUCCUGAUAUAUGUUUUGCCGUUACGGGAGAUGUCUAUGAAUCUAUACUAAUGCGCGAAUACGAUGAUUAUCAACGAGAUUUUAAAAACAUGAACGCGAUAAAAAUUGAUCUCGAAUAUUCUAAUACGAAAAACGGAACCUUUGAAAUCCCUUUGACUCUAAACUAUCCCUAUCAAACUUCGAAUCAUUUAGAUAAAUCCGAAAAGAUAAACGAUCAUAUAAUUGGCCCGAAAAUCCCUAAUAAUCUUAGCUCAGCCUUAAGAGCUCUUAUCAGUUGUGGUCGGGUAAAGAUUUUUGCCAGGAUGGGACCCGAAGUUAAAGCCCACCUCAUUCACAAUAUCCUUGCACCUUCCGGCCGUUACGUUAUGAUGUGCGGUGAUGGAGCUAACGACUGCAGUGCUCUUAAGAGCGCCCACGUUGGUGUAGCUCUUACAUCAUCGCCCGCUUCCUCUGAUGAUGAGCCUUUUACCAAAUCGCCCAAAAAAAUUGUCUACUCUAAAUUCAAAUUCUAUUAUAUAUCUUUAAAAUUUUUGUCGUUAUAUCAUAAAGUUAUGGAUAAGGUAAUAGGAUGCAACGAUAGAUCAGGCAAAAAAUUAUCCGCUAACGCUAAAAACCCUACGUCAAAAUAUGCUUCGUGCGAUGACAAUGAGGAAAAUGUUACGCUCGCUGCUCCGUUCCUAGCUAAAGGGCGCGACAUAUCAUGCGUCUUGGAACUUAUAAGGGAGGGCCGGUGCUCGUUAGGAGCAUCUUUCGGGUUAUUUCAAUAUUCCGCCAUAUCUAGCUUGCUUCAAUUUGGGGCAGUACUCAUGCUACAUUGGAAUGGGGCCAAUCUGAGCGACCCGCAAUUCGUGUAUCUAGAUCUUUGCACUCUUACUCUCAUUGCAGUUUUGUUUGGUAGGGCCGGACCUCCCUCUCUAUCUCGCUACAAUAUUGAUCGACCUCUAUCCGUCAUAGGCCAUGACACCAAAACUUCGCCGAUAAAACACACGGAGGAUGCCGAUGGCCUCACUGAUUCGUCGUUAAAGCGCGACAAAAUAAUAACCCGAAAAUCUUGUAUCAAAAUAGCCGGAAAAUUAUGGAACGAUGCUGGGUUUCCUGAACUACCAUCCCUGAGUUGCGAUAGCCCACGCGCCAGCCUCGUGUCGGGACCAGCUCUCUUCUCUCUCUUCUCCCAAACCUCACUUCACUUACUCUUUCUAGUCCUCGUCCGGUGCUACGUAAUCGAGCGACCUUGGUUUGAACCUUACAAUCCUGAAAUAGAUGUCGAAGAGGAUUAUUUGUCCCAUGAAGUUACUGCCAUUUUCCUCGUUUCUGCCCUGCAAUAUUUAACGCUGGCCGUGACGCUCUACGAAUCUUCCGCUAGGGGCGUACGAGUGUCACUAUGGGAAAUCCGACGCAACAGUCUUUUAUUAAUCGCUUUGUUCUGUCUUACAAUUAAUGGUAUACUAAUGAUUAUGGGAUUUUUUCCAGCAAAACUUCAAAAUAUCAUGUUCCUACAAUUGCCUCCAUCAUUAUCGGCGCGCCUUGUAUUGCUGUCUAUCGUUUUUUACGAUUUUUGUAUUACACUACUAAAUAUAUUAGAGCCCAUCAAGGAGAUCUGA